UACUGUAUAAAAGAAGCCGAUGAAAACAUUAACUGAUCCAAAGUUUCUGUUGUUGACUUUUCGGAAAUGUGAGCAACAUUUGGACGGACACAACCCAUCACUGCAGGUCCCACUGGUGUCCAAUAGAGGUCAUUUAAAGUCAUAGCUUACUUACUAAUGCCCCUUUAAUACUUGUGUUUAUAUUACGUCGACCGAGAUGAGCUAACGUAUUUAAUUAAGGGUUCAAAGUCACUGAGAAACUCUGAUCAUAUGGGAUGUAUUAGUGUUAGGCAAUUUGCUUUCUCUUAUAUAAAUAUUUGUUACCAUGUCUCAGUGAAAAAACAUCCCGGAGUCUGAAUUUGUCACAUCCGAUCUCAUGUUAGUUGGAACUGCUGUUUUAUGACAGCCGUGUCUGUGUUCAUGGCAUGCUGGUGAAAUGAUUCGUCACUUGUUUUUCUCAGCUGCCUGGUCCCUACAUACCAUUCACAGACAUUAACAGUGAUUGCCCUACAAACAGUACUCAUUUUGGUUUGGUGCAGAAAUAUUAUUCCUGGCCAGAGGUGCUCUUUUGCAACACCCAAGGGUGACACAGCUGGGUAAUACGACCCGCUGUGAGUAUCAGAGGUAACUGUUUCAACAUUGUUUCUGGUGUGUAUUAACUGCGGGCCAAUGUCUUUUUAAAUCAUGUUUACUUGGGAAAUUAUUUCAACUCUCAGAACUUUUCCUCUUAGCGCAGUCCAGUGAAUUAGUGGGAUUAUAAAAGUUCCAGUUAAUACAUGGAGGGUAGUUUAUCUCUACAAGAUGAUUAUAAACUCCAGAUCCUCGCUUCGGGUUAUUCUCAAAAUACUUGAAUAGAAAACAAAUGUGUGAAAGAAAUGUGUGUGUUUGCGUGUGUAUUCAGCCUCUUUGGUGUAUAUUUAGUUGCAGGCAAACCUGUCUUCUUCUUAGUUGAAUGAUUUGUCGAGUCAGUGUUGAAUGGUGGAAGAAGUAUCCUUUUGAUUGAGUGAAACUAAAACUAACACAAUGUAAAAAUAAUACGUACAAGUAAAAGCAGUGAAGUGUUUUUAUGAAAAGUAAAGGUACACAUUGUGCAAAGUGGCCUCUUCACGAGUGUUAAGUUGUUGGUGUUUGAACCUUUAAAGAGCAGUUUAAUGUUGUAGAUGGUCCAUGUGACUAUAACCAUGACUACUUUGUGUACAAUACUAUUGGGUCAUUUAGUCUACAGCAAUAAAUAAUACCUUCACUAGAUAGACUGACUGGAAAUGUGGGGAGAUAGACACGCAACAAAGUUCUACGGCAGGAUUCAAACCAGGGAAGUUGCAUCUUACACCACUAUAAGCCACUGUGAUGCCCCCAAGUUUAUCAUAUGUUUUGUGUGUGAAAAUCAAUGUGAUGGCUGUAACUGCCAACACAUAAAUGUAGUUUAGUGGAAACUACAAUAUUGGAAAUGAAGUGCAGUAGAAGUAUAAAGUUGCACAAAUUGGAAAUAGUCAGACUUAAAGAGGAGCUGUUUGAAAUCUGAUAAAUUGUUUCAAGUGAUGUCACUUGAGUCAGCAUCGGUUGGGGCCGAAGACUACAAGUUUGAAAAUGAAAAAAAUCUGCGAGUCUGGAGUUACAAAGAAGUGAGGGUACCAGACCUCGGUAGUUUGUUCCUCAUCUCUGCUGAGCAGCUACUACCAUAACACACCCCGAAUCUCUGAACAGAGCUGUCGAUGGUUGAGUUGCAUUGUGGGUACACCAGGUUUUGAUAAGGAGUAAGACUGUGUGGAAUAAAAAGAAAAUCUUUGGUUCUGCUGCAUCAAUUUUGAUCCUUUUUUAAAAACUGCUCAUUGUGAGUCAAACAAUGACAACAAACUGGAGCUUGAGGAAAAGUUAUUACAUUCCACCUCUGCUGGUCCAACGAUUGCUGGAUUAAUUAACUGGGCAGUUAAUUCAGCCAAAUCUGACUAUGAUUUAGUAUUUUACCUAAAAUCUGUAUGUAAUACUGUAAUAAAACUGUAAAAACCUAGUUACUCCAACUUUUGGGAUUUUUACUUCAUUUUAAAGCUGCAUUAAUUGACCUUUGUAAACAAGUCAUUGGCCUAUUGUCACCAUAUACAGUUGUAAUAGUAAAUGUGUUUGCAAGCAGUCACUUACAAAUCCAGCAAAUACAGAGUAACAUUAGCCUCCACUUGGAGUCAUGUUUCUGGCCACCUGAUAAAUAUGAUAGUCAGUCUCCUUUUAGUUCUGUUUUGGUCUCCACCAAUUUCUGAGUUCAGCAGCUAGUUUCCAACUUUGUUUGUCUGCUGUUUGGCACUGGGCAGGUCGUGUACAGUACCCUAUUUUGUGGAAAACAGCUCCCUGCUGCUGCUGGAAACAACGCUGAUGAGAGCAGUGAGACUGAACCACAAUAGUAAAGUUGUGGACAGUAAAAACGAAACACUGAUCCAAAAUAGACUAAAAUGCUUCACAGAGCUGAGGCGAACUGCAGGGCUGAUUCACCACUAUAAACGACCUUUGUCACAUUACACAUAGUCAUUUCAUCCAUACGUAAUAUAGAAAAUACUGAUUAGUGCAGCUUUAAGUUUGCGACACUUUUCACACUAUGAAAUCCCUCUUUGUUCGUGGAGAGCUUACGUUUUGAAGACACAAGGUUUUUAUAAAAGAUAACACAAUAAUGCUAAUUACUUUAUUUCCCAAGAGGUCCUCAGCAGGAGGUUGGAGUUGCAGCAGCAAGAGAGCAGUUUGAUAAAAAUCAGCACAGCAGCAACAAUAUUACAGCAUACCUAUUGCUAAAUAAACUCAGUAACAAAGAGGAAUAGUUCCAGUAAAAAUGGGAAUAUUUUAUGUCAAAUUAAAAGUAUACCUCUUACACGACAUGUAGUUACAGCCAGUAGCAACAUUAAGCAUGGUUUCUGCAUUUGUAAGUAGUUAGUGUUGGUCCCUGGUACACCAAAGAGAGGGCCAUGUAGAGCGAGUUGUUGCAAUCAAGUUUAAAUAUUAUUACUGGGAGCCACCUAAAACUAACAUACAAGCAUAACAAAUAUAGCAGUUAAAUUAAAUUAAAGAGAUCUGUCAAGAUUAAUGACGCCUCACAGAAUCGGUGAAGCAGGCGUACUUACAGCUUUCUCGUUUCAUCUGCUCCCAGAGGAAAACAAAUUUACAUUUCAGAGUCUUAGUACGAAGAGUCAAAGAGAAGUGUUUCAAAGGCUGCAAAGGUGCGGCUGGAAACGCAGGGAGAAAUGUUUAAUAUGAACUAAAAUCUGACUUUUCAGACAUGCAACCUGGAAUAAGGAUAUGUUUGCAUUAUUAAUUCCUUUUUUUGUAAUUUAAUAAGCCUUUUUCUUUCAUACAGUACUCUCUCAGCUUCAUUCCUUCCCGUCCAUUCCUAAAUGUAUUUGCAAUAUGACUCAUACAAGACAUAUUUCAGUGUCCUUUUGGGAAAGCUAUUGUUGUCUGCUAGUUGUGUAAAAUGAAUUCUCCCAUGACUUAUGUGGAGAAGUGCUGCAUGAAGAGCUGCAAAGUGUUGCUUGAUGUAGUCCUGACUGAUCUAUUGGCUGGGUGGUGUGUGGCAAGCAAACAAACACUCAUCUUUUCAAUAUUCAGCAAACACCAAUCUAAUCAAGUUAACCUCUCUUAGCUACAAAGCUAGUAGUAAGCUAACGUUAGAUAGCUGAUGCUGAGCUAAACAUUUUUGCUAAUUGUCCAUAGGUGCUAACAUUAAAUUUCACAUUACUGACCUAUCCGGGUGUGUCCUCAGGUGCCUGAUAAAGUUUGAUGUGGUCGAUCCAGUAUCCUUUAUUGACACUGCAGAUGUUGCAUUUGGCGAUUCUUUUGUUAGGACCUUGUGUAAAUUUAUUAUAGCCAAAGGUUAUGACAAAUGGCACAGCAUCUGCAGGUGUGCUUGCCAUGAUGUUGCUGCAGACGUGGCUGAUUUUCAGAGGUUUCAAAGAUCUUCUCUAGUUUUGAAGUUUAAAGGAAGAAUUAACUUUACCUACUGAGGAAUAGACACUAUUUCAACAUCGCCUCUAUGCUUUAGCUCUGAUAUAGACCAGGAUUAGACCAGGAUUUUGGGCUAUGUAUAGACUUGUUUUAGAACAUAUUUUGAAAACAUGAUUACAUAUUUUAAAAAUGCAUAAAAUCCUGUAAAUGUUUAACAUAAGCACCGCACAUUCCCGCGUUAACAGUAUAACUUUAUUUUUUGUCAUAUACACAGAUUCUAUUUACUCAUAUCCCAUGUAUGCAACAUUAUGUUGAAUGCACGUUUAAUAUACGUCUUAUAGGGUUAGGUGUUUACGCAAUUUUAUCUUUAAAUGUUUUACACUUAAAAUUAAGGACAUAAUUUGGAAAGAUGUAUGUAACAUUUGGAAAGUAUGUUCAAAUGAAUUGAGAAUUUGUGCUGACAUCAGUUAUUCAAAGGAAAUUAUUGUGCAUUCUUGAAAUAUCAAGAGCUGACCCAUGACCUGACCCAGAAGCGCCAUUUUACUUUUCUGUCUGCCUCUACCACACAUUGCAUCACACCGAUGGUGACAAUUCAGCCAGGAGCAAUUUAUUUUAAUUGAGCACAAGAGAUGACUGACCGGGCAGCACUUUGGAACAAAUGACAGAAGAUUACACAUGUUUGGGUUGAAAUGAGAAGAUGCCAGCUGCAAAUCCAUCUAAUUUGAUUACAUUUGAGUACCUAAAGAUGCUGUGGACAGUUUUACCUCCAAUGGAUUCUUAAAGUUGCUCCAACACAAUCAUCAGCAACGAUUUUACUGAAGGAAUCUCUUGCUGGAAGUCAGCGAGCGGGGGCCAGGAUGUGGCCCCCCGACCUCGGGCCUCCAGACGUCCAGCUGACUCUUCCUGGUUUUGGGAGUGUGUUUGAAGAUGUGGAGGACCUUCAGGCGCCACUGUCUUCCAGUGGCUUCUGUCAGUCAUCGAUCCAUUCCAGUGGUUUGGGCAUGUGCUGUCUUCCAAGGACUUCCCUGUCCCUGUCCUCUCUGGGGCGAGACCUCACCUCCCUGCUCAGCUGUAAGACGAACGGAUCCCACGUUGAUAAAACAAUGGAGGACUUUGCCACCACAGCACACACGGACCCCAAAAACAACACCCAGAGGUUCAGUUGUUACCCCCAGCCCUCUCUUCCUAUAUCCUACAUGCUCACCAGCUGCGCCACGUCUCCCUCUUUCUGCUCACCGCCAUCCUCUCUUUCCUCUUCCUCCUCCUCCUCGUCUUUAUUCUUUACCUCUUCCCUGCCUCUUUCUGAUGCACUUGGGGCCAACAACAAAACUUCUCAGCAACAACCAAAGCUACUGGAAGAGUAUCAUUCAAUAAAACAAGAACCAGCAGAUGAUUUCCUGCCCUGUAAGAGGGAACCAUUUCAACUUAACAACCAGCAGGGGGAGUGGGGCCAUGUGGGCCAGCCCCUCCAAGGCCUCGAUGGUCAGGACAGUACCCCUCUUCAUUCCCCGAGACUUAACGGACCCACGGGACAGGACGCCACUGGGGACCAGCAAGAUCAGCCGUGUCAUUGGAUCGACUGUAGUGCCACUUACAGCAGCCAGGAGGAGCUGGUGAGGCACAUCGAGAAGGUGCAUAUCGACCAGCGCAAAGGAGAGGAGUUUGCCUGUUUCUGGGCUGGCUGUGUGCGGCGCCACAAGCCCUUCAACGCUCGCUACAAGCUGCUGAUCCACAUGAGGGUCCAUUCUGGAGAAAAACCCAAUAAAUGCAUGUUUGAGGGCUGCUCCAAGGCGUUCUCACGUCUGGAGAACCUGAAGAUCCACUUGAGGAGCCACACAGGAGAGAAACCGUACAUCUGCCAGCAUCCCGGCUGCCUGAAGGCCUUCAGCAACUCCAGCGACCGAGCCAAACACCAGCGCACGCACCUGGACACGAAGCCGUACGCCUGUCAGAUCCCAGGAUGCACCAAGCGCUACACGGACCCCAGCUCGUUACGAAAGCACGUCAAAGCUCAUUCAGCCAAAGGCCUUCAGGAGAGGGAGGUCAAGGUUCAAGUACACUCCAUGCUGGAAUCGGACAUUUUAAGUGAUUGUCUGGCGAGGCAGCAUCUUCACAGCUCUGCCGCCUCCCACCAAGGAAACAGCUCACCUUUACCAAGCAUAGAUGACUUCACAGGUGUGUACUCAAACAGCAGCACCGUCCAUAACAGGGGGAGUUCGGAGUUUCUGCCUCCAUCAUCAGACACCUGCUCCAGGUAUCAAGGCCUCGAGGGAAACUUAAACGCCAACAGCCCAUCUUCAUUAACAAGCCCAGGGAGCAUGAGAGAAGAGACCAGACCGACAUCGUUGUUCAUGUCCGCUGACGUCAGCCCAGUGAGCUCCUCAUCAGACAGAACAGACGUCCGACUGCAGGGUUACCACAAAAACUACAGCCACCAACAGCAAGUGUUCUCACAGCAGCAAGGCUGUUUGUAUGGAGAAGGAAAAGUGGUUCAACCAGCCAGCGAUGGAGGCUUUGAAGCCUCUGGUUAUUUCACAAACUCUUCCACCUCUCACUCUACAGGGUUUGACUUGUUGCAGGACCUCCAGGGCCAGGCAGGGGGCGGUUACUCCAUGUCUCCUUGCCCAGACGACAACUUCCUCUUCCAGGCAGGAGGUGUCGACCGCUGCCUCAAUCAGAUCUACUCCAUCUACCUGGACUCAUGAUGGCAACCCAGAACCAAAAAACAAAAUCAGAAUCGCUUUGUUUUCCCAAGAACAAAAUGCAGCAUGUAUGAUGUACUGUACGACAGCAGACAAUCACACCAACAAUAUACUGUAUAUUCAAGGCUGACGUCAGCUUUUUUCUUCUUGACAUAUGUGAUAAAUGUGCCAAUGGGAGCUUUAACAGUACAAACAAAUUAAAAUUUCCAGCGGGGCAGAGCUGUUUGGUCAAAUUAUAAAUAGCAGUGACUUUUUUAUUCAGAGAUGAACACAGCAUUGGUGAUCUGGAUAGAAUGAGCUAUGAGCUUUAUCUGCUAGUUUGAUCUUUUGAAAGGUCAGGUAACUGGCUCUCCAGCUCUGCCACUGAUGUUAAAACUCAACCAAUGAGGUUAUUUCUGCUUCCUCAGCAGCUUUUCCUCCAAGAAAUGUUAAAACGACAAUCUUUUUCCAAAUGGGAUCCUAUAUGGCAGUGGUUCCCAACAUGGGAUCAAAUCAUAAGUGCCACAAUGUAACAAGAAGAUACCAAAGAACAAAACAACACAGUUCUGCUUCAAAAGUAUAACAAAAUUAUAGAAAUUCUUUCUGACUUUUCUCUAAUUGUUGCUUUUUUUCUUUAAAAAUUGGAUUGGUUUUCUCUUCUAUUGGCCUAAACAGCAAUAUAAAGGAAACAAUCUGAGUGUUAGAAAAGAAUAACACUCUUUGGUUGAAAUGCUCACAACUCAUACAAAUAUGUAACCUGUGACAGAGGUUCACAAGAUGACACAGCUUUAUUUUAAGGUGUCACAGACCAAAAAUGGUUGGGAAGCGUUGUGUUAUAGUGGAUGAAAAGUUGCACUUAACCAUUCUGUUUAAAACACUUAGAUCAGUAGUUUGACAUUUUAGUAAAUACGCUAUUUUACUUUCUCGCCGGGAGUUAGAUGAGAAGAUUUCUUGUGUCUGUAUGAUAAAUGUGAAGCUACCGCCAGCAGCUGGUUAGCUAAUCUUAGCAUAAACACUGGAAACAGAGGAAAGCAGCUUGCCCGUCUCUGUCCACAAGUUAACAAAAUCCACCUUCCAGCACUACUAAAGCUCACUAAUUAACACGUUAUAUCUCGUUUGUUUAAUACAUACAGAAAACAAUGUUCAAAAAAUGACAAUAAGACUCAAGGACGUCACUGCACUUGGCCAAGAAAUAAUCUGCCACCUCAUAAACUCCAACCUGUUGUAUUUACGCUUCAAUUUUUGUUCAGAUUAUAAAAAACAAACUAUAUUUAACAUAUUAAUUACAGUAAUGAGCUUUAUAGCUGCUGGUGGCUGGAUUUUAUUAAUUUUGGGCAGAGCCAGAUUAGAUUUUUCUAUUUCCAGUCUUUAUGCUGAGAUAAGAUAACUUGGUGCCUUCUGGUUACCAUAUAGACAUGUGAGUGGUAUCGAUCUUAUUAAGUCUUGGCAAUAAAGCGAAUACACGUAUCGCCCAUAAUGUCAAACUAUUCCUUUGAGGUUCUAGUUUAUUAGCAGCAGCCAAAAUACCUUGUAACUUAAGUGUCAUUAAGCAUCCUUCAACUGCUUGUUAAUUUACUUUGUGCUGUAGUGCAGCUGCACAAGAAGAAACUGCAGUAAACUGUAGCAGUGCUGCCCCCAAGUGUCUGAAUGACUGUAUAUAAAUACUGUACAGUGUAUAUACAGUCUGUGGUGCAGAGUGGAUCAAUGUAAAAGACUCCUGGGACUAAUAAACUGACACGCAAAACAAAACAAAACAAAACAACAAAAAAAACUGCACUAAAAUGUAUUGCUUCCUCAGUCGUGGACUGAGAGCUGCCAACAAAAGGCUGACAUACAUUUUCGCUAAUGUUUGUAAUCUAACAAAGAUCAACACAGUAGCAUAAUCAUUUUUUUUUUUUUUUUUUUAAUAUUGUCUUUUUUGUUGCUUCAGCCAGUGCCUUUAUGUUUUUUGUAUAGUUUCUAUCAGUGUUAUAUUCAGUGAGAGGGAGGUGUGCAUUGUUUACAACAAGUUCUCUGCACUCUUUUCUGUCUCAUCAGAGACUUUAAGAAAAUGACCAACCAGAAAAUGUUUACACUGAUUUUGUAGCAAUUCAGAGAUUUCUUAUUAUUGUCAUUGAACAGUGUAAAGACUGUAUAAAAAUGCACCUGUAUUUUAUAUCUAAAUAAAAAAAAUCUGUUUGUA